AUGGACGAAAUGGCUUUAAUAUCGUUUGUACAACAAUAUGAGGAGUUGUAUAAUUUGCGACAUCCCCACUAUAUGAACCAGCAGAGACGGGACAACAUAUGGGAAGAAAUUGGGGAAGAAGUGAAUGAUACUGGGUCAGUAUGUAGAGAAAGAUGGACUAGAAUACGAGAAAACUAUAGAAAGGCGUUGAGUUUAAGAAAGACCAAAAGUGGUCAAGCCGCUAACAAAAUAAAAUCGCCUAAAUAUAACAAAGAGCUAAGCUUCCUCUUUCCCUAUAUAAACGAUAAAGAACAUAGAGUUUCAAAUAUAUCAGUACCAGCACGAGAAACACCCUCUUCAUUUGUUUCUCCACAUUCAGAAUCUGGAGAUGAUUCCCGACAUUCAGAAUCGCCGUUGCCGAGAUACACUCCGAUUCGCCCAGUAGUCGUACGUCAUCGCACAAAUCCACAGGCAAUCCUACCACUAGUGUAG